AUGCGGCGCGACGAACUGAUCUUGAUCGACGGCACGAGCGUCGCCUCGACGGAUUGGUCAGUGUACCGGCGCCGCGUCGAGGAGCUUCUGCGCGCGCUCAUCGCGAACGCCGCCGCCGCUUCGUGCGAGCCGGCGGUGCCCUUCCUCAUCGGCGUGGCCCACGGCGCCCACUUGGCGCACGUCACCUCCUGCAACCCAUCACUGGAGCAGCACGGCCCGUUCUGGAAGUCGGAGUUGGAGCGUGUCGCGGCCCUUCUCGCCCAGGGUCCGGUUGGCAUCGAGCCCGGAGUGCUGGCGCUGCAGUCGCUCUCCACAGGGCCGCUUCACCGCGCUGUCUUCGUUGCGCCGUCUGGGUCGCGCAGCCUCGAGCCGCGCGUCCUCGGGCACGCGCUCUCUGGCAUGCCCGGCUUCGCCCUCGAGGUGCUGGUCGUGCCGGACGGCGCUCUGACGCAGCCCGUGACGCUGCAGACGGACCUCAUUCUUCUGCAAGCCAGCCACCCGCUGCAGGUCAGCCUCUUGGAAGAGGGUGCGUGGGCGUGGUCGGCUCGGAGGCUGGUCGAGCGGCAGCAAACGCAAGUGGGCCUCGAGCUGGGCGACGCCACGCUGCUCACCUGCGUUGCACGCCCGUCGGUCCUCGCCACAGAGACGGCGCAAGACCUGCGCGCGUGCGUCUGCCACAGUGCCAUGCUUGAUGGGCCACGGCCUGCGGCGCCGUCGCUGGGAUCGGGGCAGCACCCCCCCGUUUGCCCUCGGUCAAAGCUGCCGCUGGACAAUCGGGACAUCUACAUCGUCGGGUGCGUCGGUUGCACGCUUUGGCCGGCCUCCCUCGCCCCCGCUGUGCGCGCUACCAACGCCAACAUGAUGGGCCCCGCUCCUGGCGUCAACGAACGCGCGCUGCCAUCGAUCGUGCCUCUCUCCCGGAUCCGCCUCGAGCGUGUCCCGCUGACCUCCCUGUACGGCGAGCCAUGGCUUGUCACUGCCGACCCGGCCAGCCUGCAUCCAAUGGCGCACGGCCUCUUCCAGGCCCUCGCCUCAAAACUGCAUGAGGCCAAAGAGGGGAUCGUCUGCCGCAUCCGUGCUGGCGAUGCCGCCUCCCACAGCAGCCUCGCCUCGAGGCCGCCGCCCCAGGCGGUGCUGCUGCCCCAGGGGCCGCCGCAUCUGUCGCUUGUGCUCAAGGCGUUCGUGCCGGCCUCGCAGCUCCCCUCCACGCCACCGCACGCCUUUGCGGCGGGCGGCGGCGGGCAGGACGAAUUGCCAGCGCAGGCGAAGGAGCAGGUCGCCUCGGCCUUGGCGCAGUAUGGUAUCGACGACUUUCCAAACGACAGUCCGGUCGGCGACGGCGCCAAGGUGGCCGCCAUGGCGCUCCGCAGUGACCGCCACUACGCUCCGCACCCCGUUGCUUCGUCCGCCGGCGAUUCAUCGAUGCGCAGGAGCGUGGGGAUGCCACUGGCGCCCGCAGCGCCGCCGCCGCCGCACCAACGUCCACAGCAAUACCCACAAGCAGGCAGCACGCAGCCCGCGCGAGCGGCGCCGCAGGUGCACCAGGGCCAGUCGUUGAUGGCGCGCACGUCGCGCCCCAGCAAGCGCAAGAUGCCACGCAUCAGCCUCACAGAGGGAGGGGCGUAG